UGUGUGUGUGUGUGUGUGUGUGUGUGUGUGUGUGUGUGUGUGUGUGUGUGUGUGUGUGUGUGUGUGUGUGUGUGUGUGUAUGAACAGCAUGGCCAACAUCGCGGUCCAGCGGAUCAAACGGGAGUUUAAAGAGGUCCUGAAAAGCGAAGAGACGAGUAAAAACCAAAUCAAGGUGGAUUUAGUGGAUGAGAAUUUCACAGAACUGAAGGGGGAGAUCGCAGGACCACCAGACACACCUUAUGAAGGAGGCAGAUAUCAACUAGAAAUUAAAAUUCCAGAGACAUAUCCAUUUAAUCCACCAAAGGUUCGUUUUAUAACGAAGAUCUGGCAUCCCAACAUCAGCUCAGUAACAGGCGCCAUAUGUUUGGACAUCCUGAAGGACCAGUGGGCCGCGGCGAUGACCCUCCGAACAGUUUUACUGUCACUACAGGCUCUUCUGGCCGCCGCUGAACCAGAUGAUCCACAGGACGCUGUAGUUGCCAAUCAGUAUAAACAGAACCCAGAGAUGUUCAAACAGACGGCUCGACUCUGGUCACAUGUUUACGCAGGAGCUCCCGUCUCCAGCCCAGAAUACACUCGCAAAAUAGACAAGCUCUGCGCCAUGGGCUUCGAUAAAAACGCAGUAAUCGUGGCGUUGUCGUCGAAAUCCUGGGACGAGGAGACGGCGACAGAACUCUUGCUUAGCAACUGAGUCCAGCCGGCGGGACCAAGCACCUUAUCCGACACAAUCCCCAAAUCUCCUCCUCCUAAGCUCACACUACCUUCAUCUUUCUGUCAUCUUUUGCCAUUCCUCUGUUUGGAUUAGUUCAUCUCAUGCUGAGAAUGCCAUCAUCUUUAUAUUGUUUUAAACUUCAUUUCUUCAGCAGAAGACGUUUAGCAGAAUGUUCACGCUGCUCUUUAUAUAAGGAACUGGCUGGUGAUUUGGCAGUAAAAAACCUCCACCAGCUUUCCUUGUAUAAUGCAGAAUGGUGUGGAAGCUUGUUUCCACCAUGUAAUAAUAAUAAUAAUAAUAAUAAUAAUAAUAAGUUCUGGUUUUGUUUCUUACAGUUCUGUAAACAAAAGCCAGAAUUUAUUUUCUCUUGCAAUUUAUAUCCCACAGUUCUGAGUAUUUCUCUGAAUUUAUGUUGCAAUUCUGAGUUUCUGUCUCAUAAUUCUGAAUUUGUGUCCAAGAAUUCCUAGUUUAUAUCUUACAAUUCUUAUUUUUUUCCCUUGAAUUUUGAAUUUAUAUCCCAUAAUUUUGGGUUAAUGUCUCAAAAUGCUGUUUAUCUCACAAUUCUGACUAUUCUCCCUCUGAAUUCUGAGUUUUUAUUUUGCAGUUCCAAGUUUAUCUCAUAAUGCUGAGUUUGUGUCCCAGAAUUCCUAGUUUAUAUCUCACAAUUCUUAAUUUUUCUCUUACAAUUCUGACUUUUUCUCUAUAAAUUCUGAGUUUUAAUUUUUCAAUUCUGAGUUUGUCUCAUAAUUCUGAGUGUAUAUUUCUCAAUUCUUAGCUUUUGACUCAGAAUUUGACUUAUUCUCAGAACUACAAGUUUCUUUCUUGCGAUUCUGAGAAAAAACAAAAGGUAUAAAUUGUGAUACAAACUCAGAUUUGUGAGGAAAAACUGAGAAUUGUGAGAUAAAAAGUCACAAUUACCUUUUUAUAUAAAUGAUCAUUUUUAUAUUCCAUAGAGGAAACAGGCUUCCAUAGGUUUGAAACAAAAUGAGAUUGAGUAAAAUUUACAUUUUCAUUCAACUGACCAUUUUUCACCUCUCUUUUUAUUUGUUUACUUCUUUUGGUUUGGAUGUGCCUUUUCUCUCUGUCUUUUAAUCAUCAUCUUCAUCAUCUCCCUCAGAUUGGUCCAGCAGUCUGACUCUAGCCCCGCCCCCUCAUGCACAUGUCCAAUCAGCACUGUGGUCGUUUUCCCUCCCGCUCAAUCAUUGGCCCUUUUAUCUGGAAAACAUUAGGGUUGCAUUUAUAAACUCCCUAGUGUCAAACAGACAGUGAAGUGGUUCCUUCACGUAUAGAUGCUAAACAGGUCAAGACUGGAAAACACCCACACACACGCAAAUACACGAAAGACCAGAGUUCAUCUGUAAAUAAAGCUAUUCAAAUCUGUAUAAAUUAAAGCAAUGUGGCAAUGCCUUUAUUUAUUAUUGCUUUGUGGAAUAGUGAAAUAAACACCAGUUUCAUGGCUGAGCAUGUGA